AUGUGGAGUACAACUGCCAUUUUAGUUGGAAAAUACGGUGCCUCAGUGCUGGGUCCUCCCUUUGGUCAUUUUGGUCCAUUUCCUCCGCCACCGGGUCCAAUUUUGGCUGCUCCUCAUCGUGCUCAUCAUCCUCAUGGACCAACCCAUCCAGCUGGUGCACCGCCUCCACCACCCCCUCAUGCUGCCGCAUUCUAUCCCCAUCCAGUUGUCUAUUGGCCAUAUCCAAGUCCUCCAGUGUCGCCAACAACAUAUUACAAUCAGCCGACACACUCGCCCACUCAUGUUCCUGGCAAUCAUGGGCCACCUAUGUAUUCUCUCGACUAUAUAACCACUGUGCCACCAACAAAUUACGCUAAUCCCCAACCAUCACCACUCAGUCCACCAAAUGUUGCAAUACCACCCAAUGCUGCAAAUGGGCUUAUAUUGUCACCAAGCAAAGGCGGUGGUGCUGGUGGUGCUCCAAUGACUUUAGUGCCACCAAAACAAUAUCCUGCAUCGCCAGCAUUGCUCCAAGGACCACACACUCCCAAUAGCUAUCAUCAUCAUAACAACAACAAUAAGUUGAUGGCAUUAACACCGCCAUCAGGGCCAAAAACAUCACCAUCUUUACGUCCAGCUCAAAAUAAUGUCUAUCAUCAGCAGCAGCAGCAGCAUCAUCCACAUCAUUAUGGAUCACCACCACCAGGCGCCGUAGCUGGACCAGUACCACAAACAACGUUGUCACAAGCGUCACCAACAACUGCAGUUGCUCCCAUUGUUACUGCAUUGACCAAUGGCCAGGUAAUUGUAAAUGCUCCAACCACCACACCCACAAUGCCUGGCCACAACGCAGUAACGCCGCCAGUUGUUCACCAGCCGCAGCAGCAGCAGCCAUUACUUGCCAUCGAUACCAAUGCACCGGCAGCCGGAGAACGUAGUGUCAAUCUUAAAGCCAGUGUAAAAAUAACCAAAAUUACAACCAAAAAUACAAAAACAACUUCCAACAGUAAUGGUGUGGUGGUGGCAACACCACCAUCACUCACCGUCACCACCAAUCGGUGUGUGGAGUUGUACACAGCCUAA